AUGCACGCGUCCAGGCUCUCUAACGACAUCACCCGCAAGUCCUUCUGGGCCCAGCGGCUUCAAGCCGUCGAAGCCGCCCCAGAUGCGCCCCUCUUCUUCGACAAGAUCGACGGCACCCCCUCCACCCACCGCCCCGCCGCCGUCGGGCAGGAGGGGUACGCCCGCACCAAGGCCGUCAUGGCCGUGGACACGGGCAACCUCCAGGAAGCUGCCUCGAUGCACAAUCUCUCCGAGGACAUCGUCGUCCUCGCCGCAUGGGCCGUCCUUCUGCGGUCCUACGCCGGCGAAGACGGGCCGGUCAGCUUCGGCGUCUGUCUCGAUCGUGAGCAGGCUGCCUGGCUGUCGACCAUGGCCAUGACUGGCGAUGAUGGCCUUGUCGCCGUCAUGCGCGCCGCCGAGCAGGACAUGAAGUUGACCAUGGGCCACACCCUGCCGUUCCACUCGCUGGGAGCGUUUGCGGAGGGCACUGGGUUUGGCACCGUUGCGACCGCCGUCCAUCUCCACUCCAGGAAGCCGAGGUUUCCUGAGAUGCACUUCCCCUCCUUGGCCACGGCGUUUGUCAACGUUGCAGAGGGCACGAUGGUGCAUGUGCACCUGUCCUUCCGCCGGGACGCCAUGUCUGGCGAGCGGGCGCAGAGCGUUGUUGACAACUUCGCUCAUGUGCUCAACACCUUGACGAUCAAACUUCGCACGUCGAUCGACACCACUAGCCGCAACGAGUACAAUCGCAUUCUUGACGACUGCCCAGAAAACGCGGGCAGGAUUGCUCUUGCUCAGGAAGCUUUCCGCCUUGCCGGUGCCAUCGCCGGCGCGGCCCACCAAGUCCAUGCCCGGGCCCACGGGAAGCAACUUUUCGUCCCCUUUUACUUGACCAAGUCGAAGUGGACGCCAGUUGCCCUUCUCGCCAUCUUCGUUGCUGGAGGUGCCUGCGUUCCCCUUGAGCCCAGUCAUCCCGCGGCCCGCCGCAACGACAUCUUGGGUCAGCUCCAGGCCCCGAUCGUUCUAACCAACACGGCCCUCCACCAAACCCUCGCCAAAAGUCUCGACCAGCAAACGCCCGUCCGCCACCUCAUUUGCGUCGACGCUGAACACGAUCCCGCGGCCGCCGCCCCCCUCCCCCAGGUCCAGCCGGACAACCUCUGCUACGUCAUCUUCACCAGUGGUAGCACAGGCUCUCCCAAGGGUGUCAAGUGGGAACACAGCACGCUUGCCACCAGCGUUUGGGAGCACGGCCGCGAGUUCCACAUGAACGACCGUACCAGGGUCCUUCAGUUUGCCUCUCAUGUAUUUGACGUUUCCGUGGUCGAGCUUAUCACGCCUCUUGUCCACGGCGGCUGCAUGCCGAAGAGGCUGACCAAGUUCAUGGAGAGCAUGGGCGUCAACUGCGCAUUGUUUGCCGCCUCUUUUGCCCGCCUCCUGAACCCAGCGUCUCUCCCGACCCUCCGAACCCUCAUUCUCGGAGGCGAGUCCAUAGGCCAGGAAAACAUCGACAAGUGGACGCCGGCGUUGGACCGUUUCAUCAUCGGUUACGGUUCUGCUGAGACCUGCAUCAACUGCGCAAAGAACGAGUUCUCCGUCAAGACCCAGGCCAAGAAGCCCUGGAAGGAGUCUCUCGGGCACGCUAUCGGUGGGCGCAUGCUCAUUGCGGACCGCUAUGACAGCGACAGGCUCGCCCCGAUCGGCGCUGUUGGGUAUUUGAAUGACGAGGCCAAGACAGCCAAAUCGUUCAUUCAGAACCCAGCUUGGCGCCGUUUCUACCGGACCGGUGAUCUGGGUCGCCAGGCCAUGGAUGGAUCCAUCGCUUUCGCUGGCAGAGCCGACUUCCAGGUCAAGAUCCGUGGUCAGCGCAUGGAACUGGACGAGGUCCGUUUUCACGUUGUGAAGGCGACGCCCUCGGCCGUCGAUGUGCACGUCGAUGUCAUUACCCCGGUAGGAGACAAGGUUCUUGCCGCUUUCCUUUCUUUCGGGACCACCAGCGAUCUUGAACAAGCAGCUGCACUGCGCAGCAUGAAAGACGCCCUUCGUGGCAAUCUCCCCGCAGCGGCGGUUCCCAGCUUCUUCAUCCCGGUCGCCAGCCUCCCCUACCUGGUUUCCGGGAAGUCAACUAUUAAGGAGCUCUCCUCCUACUCCAACUUCAAAGCCCGAUCUACUCCCGCCGCUGCCGCCGCUACCGCUGCCCCCGUGGCGAAGAUGGAGGCCAAAAUCCUCGUCACCUGCUGCAGGGAAGUUCUAAAGUCUCCAACAUUCGGACCCGAUGACAACUUUUUGAUGUCUGGCGGCGACUCGAUAUCGGCAAUCAAGGUGGCAUCAGCUGCUCGUGACCGUGGGAUCAGCGUCACCGCAGCUCCCCGGGCGGAAACCUCCCUGCUCCCAAGUGAUUUGGUCGACGAAAUCGUUAUGGACGUGAAGUCCCGAAGCGCGCCAACUGACAAGGUCCUGGACGUGUAUCCUUGCACUCCGCUGCAGGGAGCCCUCAUCACCGCCUCUACCAUGCGCAUCGACGCCUACAUCGCCCGCCACACCCUCAAGCUCCCUGCCUCCGUCGACAUCACCCGCUUCAAGGCCGCCUGGGCCGCGGGCCAGCACGGCGCUGUUCAGGUCGUUUACGACUCCGAGCUAGCUUGGCACACCGGAUCCGAUCUGGAAGCGUACUGCGAGAAAGACAGACUAGGCCUCGUCGGUAGAACAUUCAUGUUCACCAUCCAUCAUUCUCUCUUCGACGGGUGGUCAAUCACCCGCUUGUUUGAGGAUCAACACAACUUGUACAUCCGGCACCUGUCUCAGCUCGAUGUGGAGGCACCAAAGGAGUUCUGGGCUGCCAACCACUUCCCUCAGUCUAUCGGCUCGGCUUACACUCCGGUGCCGGAUUGCGAGGUCAAGAUGAAGUUGGCGGUGGCAGACAACACCAAGUCCGAGUUCACCAUGCCAACGCGCAUUCGUGCCGCUUGGGCUCUUCUCGUGGGCCGUUACAUCGACUCGCAGGACGUUAACGUCGGAUCGAUUGCUGGCCCGACCAUCUCAAGCGCGCCCGUUCGUAUCACCUGGGACAAGACCGAUGACCUGCUUCAAUUCGACGCUUACGGGCACAUCGGCAUCCAGGCCAUUUCGCAACUCAGCUCGUCGGCUGCUGAGGCUUGCCAGUUCCAGCACCUGGUCAGGGAUGAGAAGCUGAAGUCACAGAUCGGGUUCCAAAACGUGUCUCUGGACCUGAGAGGCUACCACAGCUAUGCCCUCAACAUGGACUUCACGCUGGAGGACGACGGUGUCACGGUUACAACCACUUUCGACUCUUCCGCGCAGUUCGGCCAUGUGCUGAACCAAGCCAUUGGCGGCAUUGACUACGCCUCGAAGAAGGAUAGGGAAAUGCAAUACGAACAAACAACCCUGCUUCAGGCCCUGGAGCGCCAUGUCGCCAACCAGCCAACGGCGCCCGCCCUGGACCGUGGCACGACUGCGCUUGCCAACCACCUCACCGCGCUCGGGGUUCGGAAGGGUGACUAUGUCCCCUACUGUUUCCCCAAGUCCGUGUGGGCCACCGUCUCCAUCUUGGGCGCCAUCAAGAUCGGCGCCAUUGCCGUCGCUCUCGAGCCCUCGCCGAAGGUGUCCAUGGGUUUCCGGCCCAUCUCCCAGAGGGCGGUCAAGAAGCGCUACUCCGUCCAGCCCACCGAUGUUGCUUUUGUUGGCAUCGUCCUGGAGCACGGCGCUGUCGCCAUCAUGGGGAAGCAGAAUGGUGAGUUCUCCGCGUACGUCUUCGACGUCAGCAUCGGAGACCUCGCAAUUUCCCUUUACUGGGGCGCUUGCCUCUGUGUCGCGUCAGACCACGACCGGAUGAACAACCUCGCCUCCGCCAUCAACAACCUCCGCGUCAACCGCGCCUGGCUGACACCUACGGUUGCUUCCUUGAUCUCCCCUGCCGAGUGCCCGAACUUGGCGUGGCUCUCGGUCGACGUCUGGGAAGGCGUUCCUCUUGUCAAUGUAUAUGGCCCGGCUGAAGUCACCAACUUGGGAACCGCGGUGAAGGUCUCGCGCGAUCUGCCUAUCACCAACAUUGGCCACGCCAACGGCAUCCGCGUUUGGGUUUGCGAGUCUGGCAACCCCAGGCAGCUUGCCCCCAUCGGAUGCAUUGGCGAGGUCCUGACCGACGCCGCCUCCCAGAAGGCACGCAUGUACCGCACUGGUGACCUUGCCCGGAUGAACGCCGAUGGUUCCAUCGACUUCCAAGGCCGCAGGGACACGCAGAUCAAGCUCCGAGGCCAACGCCUCGAAAUUACGGCCAUCGAGACCGCGCUCCAAGCAUCGAUCGACGAGCCGGCCGAGCUUGCCAUCGAUGUGCUCGAUCGCACCAGCGCCGGCCGCGAUGCAUUCCUCAUCGCUUUCCUCCAUCUCCCCCAGAGACUCCCCGCUCAGGCUGACCCUGCGGCAGGUAUCUUCUCCGAAAUGGACAUCAAGGCUCUGGUCGCCGACAUCCGGUCGAGGUUGGCCCAGACUCUCCCGCCGCAUAUGGUCCCGACCUUGUUCAUUCCCCUGAGUAGACUUCCCAAGUUGGUGUCAGGGAAGAUCGACAGGAAGACCCUUCGCCUCGCAGUUGCCAAGUUGACCGAUGAGGCGAUGGGCGCUUACAAGUCGGACCAGCGCGCCGAGAAGCGGCAACCUUCGACCCAGGAGGAGUCCGUGAUGCAGAAGCUGUGGGCCAACGUGCUCCGUCUUCGUGAGGCCGAGAUUAGUGUUGAUGACAACUUUGUUACCCUUGGGGGUGACUCCAUCACUGCCAUCAAGAUCGUGGCUCAGGCGAGGGCGCAGGGAAUCACCGUCUCCGUUGCCGCCAUCUUCCAGCAUGGCACCAUUGCCAGCCUGUGUGGUUCGAUGGCGAAGGCGACGAAGAUUACCGAGGCGGUUGCUUCCGCACCCCGCCCGAAGUUCCAGCACCCGCAACUCGCGGAUAUCGCCCUCCAAUGUGGUAUCCCCGAGGAAGACAUCGAGGACAUCUUCCCCACCACGGCCCUCCAAGACGGCAUGAUGAUGCUCACGGAAAAGAAUCCCACGGCAUACAUCGCCCACCAUAUCAUGCAUUUGCCCAGCUGGGUCGAUAUCUCAGUCUUCUGCCGCGCUUGGCAGGCCGUCGCCGAUGAGAACGCCAUCAUGAGAACAAGGAUUGUUCCCGCCGGGCUGCAGGUUGCCCUCCACGCCGCUCCCAUCCAAUGGGCCACCCCGCGGUCGAAUGACUUGAACGCCUACAUCCAGGGCCUUCGCCAGCAGAAGAUGGGUUUCGGAACCGCGUUGACGCAGCACGCCAUCCUUCAGAACCCCACCCGCUUCGUCUUCACGGCUCAUCACUCCGUGUACGACGGCUGGUCGAUGGGUCUGCUUGGCGAUGCCGUCACCCGGGCAUACAAGAAGCUCGCUGGCAUGCCGACUUCCCCGAGCAAGGAUCAGGGCACCAAGAUCAACUUCCACGCUUUCGUUGACUACAUCGGGACCAUCGACAAGACCGAGGCGAGCGAGUUCUGGCGCAGCCAGCUCGAAGGUGCUGACCCGGCCGCCUUCCCCCCCUCGUUGCCCUCCUCUUACCAGCCACUCGCCAACGCCCUUCUCGAGAAGAAGAUCUCCUUCCCGAGAAUGCAGAAGUCCACCUCGACCACCUCCACCCUCAUCCGCGCCGCUUGGGCCCUCCUCAUCUCGGCCUACUCCGGCUCCCAUUCCGACGUCGUCUUUGGUGCCUCGGUCACCGGCCGCAGUGCCCCCCUGGACGGCGUCCUCUCUCUGGUUGGGCCUACCCUGGCGACCGUCCCAUUCCGAGUCCCCCUGAAGUGGAAUGAGUCGGUCAAGACCCUUCUAGACCGGGUUCAAAUGCAAUCGUUUGCUAUGCUCGAGUACGAGCAGUACGGACUGCAGAACAUCAAGAAGUCGGCGCCUUCAGCUGCGGCCGCCUGUGACUUCCAGAGUCUCUUGGUGGUGCACACCGAGUUUGACGGUUCCAGUCCCAAGGACCGGCUGACCUGGAGCUCAGAGCGCGCAACCUCCGACUUCUUGACCAACGCUCUCACCCUCGAGUGCCAGCCCAUGGGCUCGCAGAUGUUGUUGACUGCUUCCUACGACUCCUCUAUCAUGGACGAGAGACAGAUGACACGGAUGCUGACCACAUUCGACCACAUCUUGCGACAGCUGUGCCAGGGCGAGUUCAACAAGAACCUCCGCCUCGAGGACAUCGACACCGCGCUUUCUCCCCUCAUCAAUGAUCGCGUCCACGACAUGUUUGCGCGGCAAGCCACCGCCACUCCGAAUGCCCUUGCGGUAUCCGCGUGGGAUGGAGAUCUCACAUACCGCGCCUUGGACGACUUGUCCACCACGCUCGCCCGUCACCUCAUUUCCCUCGGUGUCGGCCCGGAGUGCUUUGUGCCUUUCGCUUUUGAGAAGUCCAAGUGGGUUCCGGUGACUCAGAUGGCUAUUCUUAAGGCUGGCGGUGCGUGUGUUCCCGUCGAUCCCUCGCAGCCGUUGGACCGUCUCCAAAGCAUCAUCGGCACCCUCGACGCCAAGGUUGUCGUGACAUCCGCCCUGCACGCCAACCUUUUGGUGUCUUGCAGCCGGGUCCAGCACUUUGUUGCGGUCUCCCAGGAGAUGGUUGAGCGUCUUCCGCAGCAUGGUAGCGCCGCCAUCAACCCCCAGACAUCGCCUAGCUCGGCUUGCUACGCCAUCUUCACCAGCGGCAGCACCGGCACCCCCAAGGGUGUUGUCUGGGAGCACGCUACCCUGUGCAGCAGCAUGGCUGAGCACGGUGUUGCGUUCAACUACUCAACCGAGACCCGCGUCCUGCAGUUCUCGUCCCACACCUUCGACGUCAGCGUCUCGGAGCUACUGACCACCCUCGUCUUUGGCGGCUGCAUCUGCAUCCCCGACGACUUCACCCGCCUGAACGGCAUCGCCGGCUUCAUGAAUGAGAAGCGCGUCAACUGGACCUUCUUCGCGCCGUCCUUCGCCCGUCUCAUGGACCCGGCCACCGUUCCCGGCCUCAAGACCAUCGUCCUCGGCGGCGAGGCGCCCGGCAAGGAUAACAUUGAGCGGUGGUCCGGCCGCCCGGGGCUCGAGCUGAUCGUGACCUACGGCCCGGCUGAAAGCUGCAUCUACUGCGCCAAGAACAGCGUCCGUGGCCCGCAGAUCGACGGCAGCAUCGGCCGCUCUAUCGGCGGUAUGAUGUGGGUUGCCGACCUCGGUCGCCCGACAGAGCUCGCCCCGAUCGGCUCGGUGGGUGAGAUUGUUGUUGAGGGUAGCAUCCUCGCGAGGGGCUAUCUCAACGACGAGGCCAAGACAGCUGCGUCGUUCCGCCCGAUGCCCGCCAAGUGGGCUAAUGGCCGCAGCUCCCGGGUGUAUUACACCGGUGAUCUCGGUCGGGUCAACUCGGACGGCACGAUCAGCUGCCUGGGGCGGAGGGAUGACCAGGUUAAGAUCCGUGGUCAACGCGUCGAGCUUCCUGACAUCGAAUACCACCUCCGCAAGGACGAGCGCGUUCACCAGGCGCUUGUUCUUUACCCCCGCUCAGGCCCCUGCGCCAACCACCUGGUUGGAAUACUGUCCAUGGUGCAGGACAAGCCUUCCAUUGGGCCCGCUUCCUCGACCGACAUCACGAUCGCCAACCCCGAGGAUUGGGUCCGGAUCCCGGAUGUUCAGGACACCCUCUCCCAGAAGGUCCCGGUUUACAUGAUCCCCGCUAUCUGGAUUGUGCUCAACUCCAUCCCCCUCAUGCCCGCCUCUCAGAAGGUCAACAAGAAGAUGGUCAGCGAGUGGACCAAAGCCAUGGAUCACGCCACCUACGAGAAGAUCGCCAGCCGUUCUGCGGGUGGUAGCUCGGAUGAGCUCCCCGCGAUGAACACUGCCCUGGAAGAGCAGGUGCGCAACAUCUGGAGCGACAUCCUCAACGUCGGCCAGAAGACGAUCGGGCCGAACACCUCGUUCCUGAGACUCGGAGGCGAUUCGAUCUCUGCCAUGCAGGUCGUCACCAAGUGCAGGAAUGAAGGCGUCAUGGUCACUGUUCAGGACCUCCUGAAGGCCAAGACUAUCGCGGAGUUCUGCGAGCGGGCUGCGCUCUCGACGGGCCAAACCGCAACCAGCAAGCUCGUGGAGGAGCCCGAGUCCGAGACCCCCUUCGCUUUGUCUCCCAUCCAGGAGUGGUUCAUGACGCUCGCGCCCAAUGCACCGAACCACUUCAACCAGAGCCAUCUUCUUCGGUUCACCGAAGACGUGGACUUUGGCAAGCUGCAGGGUGCUCUCAUCGCCAUUGCUCAGCGACACCCCAUGCUCCGCGCACGGUACGAACAGGUCGGCGGAAACUGGCAACAAUACAUCUCCUCUGAUGCUACCAGCUCGGUUCAAUGCCGCCAGUUCCGGUCCAUCUGGACGAUGCAAAAGGUCAUCGAGUACGCGUCCGAUGCCCAGGCCAGCCUAGAUAUUACCAAGGGCCCGCUCAUGGCCGCCGACUUGUAUGAGAUGACCGACGGCACAGCAGUGCUUUUUAUCACUUGCCAUCACAUGGCUAUUGACCUCGUGUCUUGGAGGGUCGUUCUCCAGGAGCUGGAGGAGAUCCUGCGGACCGGGAGCAUCACUUCAACUCAGAAGUCUCUUAGUUUCCGCACUUGGUGCAAGCUUCUGGAGGAGCGUGCCAAUUCCGUGACCGGCGUCUUGGAUGUCCCCGCGCAGGAUUUCGACUUCUGGGGCAUCAGCAAUGCCGACAACACGGCUGCUCACAUUGUGGAGCAAACCUUCACGCUGGACGACCAGACUACCGAGCUGCUGAUGGGCCGCUCCAACGAGGCCUUCAACACCGAGCCCCUCGAUCUCCUCUUGACGGCCGUCGCCCACUCCUUCAACCAGGUCUUCCGCUCGGUUCGGAGCCCAGUCGCCAUCUUCAACGAGGGCCAUGGACGUGAGCCAUGGAGGGCUGACAUCGACCUGUCGUCUACGGUUGGCUGGUUCACUUCGAUGUGCCCCAUCCUUCUGUCCGACCACAAGGACGGCGUGCUCCGCUCCCUCAAAGAGGUGAAGGACAUCCGCCGCCGGAUUCCCGAGAAGGGUCUGCCUUUCUUCACGUCCUACGCCCAGAACGCUACCACUGGAGUCGAGAUCACCUUCAACUACUUUGGUCUUUUCCAGGCCUUCGAGCGACAGGGUGCGCUGCUCAACCGCAUGAGCUGGGCCCCUUUCCACGCCCCAUCGGACUCUGCUGCUGACGUGCCGCGGUUCUCCAUCUUCGACGUUUCCGCUGGUGUCGAGAACGGUGUUAUGGCCAUGAACUUUGGCUUCAACAACAAAAUCAAGCACCGCCACCUCGUCCAGCAGUGGGUUGAGGCGUGCUCGGAUACCCUGCUCGACCUGGUUCAAGCCACUAGCCAGCAGAGGGAGACGUCGCUUACCCUCGCCGACUUCCCUCACUUCCGGACUACCUACGAUGAGCUGUCGGCGCUCCUAGAGAAGACUCUACCGGCUGCGGGUGUCGCCCCGGCCAAUGUUCAGGAUAUCUACGCCUGCUCGCCCAUGCAAACUGCACUGUUGGUCAGCCAGGCCAUGGACCCCACGCUUUACGCCGUCCGCUACGUCUGGGAGGUUGUCCCCAAGUUAGCCCAGCCUAUCUCGACCGACAAGCUCAUCGCAGCUUGGAAGAAGACGGUCAAGCAACACCCCAUGCUCCGCACCGUCUUUGUCCAAGCCGGCUCCUCCAUCGACGGCAAGACCACUUCGGCUUACACGCAGGUGGUUCUCAAGAACUUCGAGCCCAACGUCCUCAUCUGCGAGGAUGCCUCCACUUUCCCGCUCAGCCGCCCGGAGCACCACAUCUCCAACGGCCCGCCACACCACGUCGUCCUCUCCCAAGAACCCUCCGGCAAGGUGCUAGUCCAGCUCGACAUCAGCCACACGCUAAUCGACGGGUCAUCCGUCAACGCCCUGCUCGACACGCUCGUCAGGGCCUACGACGGCGCCCCCAUCGCCGCCACCUCCCCAGACGCCUACGGCAGCUACAUCAGCUUCCUGGGCAAGCAAGACCUGGACUCGUCCCGCCAGUUCUGGAAGACCUACCUCAGCGGCGCCGAGCCGUGUCAUUUCCCCACCCUGACGGCGGCGGCACCCUCGUCCCAACCCCGCCAGCUCGUCCACCUCGACUUCUCGUACCCCAACCCGACCAAGCUGCACUCCCUCUGCGCCCAGGCCGAGACUACCGCCGCUAGUGUGUACAAGCUGGCUUGGGCGCUGGUACUGCGCGUCUACACGGGCAACAACGCACCGUGCUUUGGCUACCUGGCUUCGGGACGCGAUCUGCCCAUUGAGGGGAUUGAGGAGGCGGUUGGGCCGUUUAUCAACAUGUUGGUGUGCAUGGUGUCGUUGGAAGAUGAUGACAGCGAAGUUGGGGCAGCGCUGAAGACGGCACAUGCGGAUUAUGUGAACUGCUUGUCGCAUCAGCUUUGCUCGCUCGCUGAGAUCCAGCGGGGCUUGGGGCUGGGUGGUGAUCGGUUGUUUAACACGGUGAUGUCGGUUCAGAGGCUGGCGCCGCCGGGGACGAGUGCGUCGACGGUGGAGUUCCAGCCGGUGCAUGUCGAGGAUCCGAGUGAGUUUGACAUCGCUCUCAAUAUCGGGGACUCGCCGGACUUUGUCGACAUCAACUUGACCUACAGCACUGGCGUCAUUUCGGCGCUCCAGGCAAAGGGCCUUGCCUCGACCUUUGCGCUGGCCAUCGACAGCGUUCUGGAUUCCAUGUCCAAGCCCAUCAAGGCGGUCGGAGUCCUCACUCCCGAGGACAACCAGCAGAUCCUUAGCUGGAACAGCACUGCCAUCACGGCCGCUGUCCCCGCGCAAUGUGACCAGCUCAUCAGCCUCCAUCUUGCCACCAAGGGAGGCAUGCCUGCUGUUUCCGGCUGGGACUUGUCCCUGACCUACUCCGAGUUGGAUACCCUUGCCAGCACCGUGGCGCGUCAUCUCGUCUCGGAGUACUCUGUUGGUCCCAACACCAUCGUUCCUUUCUGCUUUGAGAAGAGUGCCUGGACGAUUGUCACUAUGCUCGGCAUCAUGAAGGCUGGAGCGGCCUUUGUUCCUUUGGACGCCAAGCACCCCAUCGACCGCUUGGUGAGCAUUGUCAAGCGGGUCCAGGCACCCCUGGUUAUCUGCUCAGAGCAGCAUGAGAACAUUGGUCUUGACAUCGGCGGGAACCUCACCAUGCCUUACCUACUCGUCGGGUCCCGCAGCAUCAGCACGAUACAGGCAUCCAGCCGGUCCAGCCUCCCCCCAGUCUCUCGCCGGAGCCCCUCAGACUUGGCAUACUGCCUAUUCACCAGCGGCAGCACUGGAGAGCCCAAGGGUGUGCUCAUCCAGCACGAGGCGCUUUGCAGUGGCGCGACCAUGCAUGGCAGAGCCUUCAACUACACUGCCCAGGCACGCACUUUGCAGUUCGCCUCGUACGGAUUUGACGCCUCCAUCACCGAAAUCCUCACCACGCUCGUCAUGGGCGGCUGUGUCUGCGUUCCCUCCGAAGAGCAGCGCAUGGACAAAGACAAGCUUAUGGACUACAUCAACGCCCAGAACGUCAACCACGCUCUCCUUACCCCCUCGGUUCUCGCACUCAUGGACCCUGCCCGGGUGCCGUCCAUUACCACCCUCCUACUUGGCGGUGAGGCUGCCGGAUACCAACUCAUCGACAAGUGGCGUGCGCCCACACGCCGCGUCCUCAUCGCCUACGGCCCCACGGAGUGCACCGUCAUCUGCGCCGGGCACGACGUGACCGAUCCUGCUACCCUCCGCCCUGGCAAGAGCUCCAUCGGCAACAGCGUGGGCAGCGUCGCCUGGAUCGGCGAUGCCCGCGACCACAACAAAUUGGUCCCCAUCGGCGCUAUCGGAGAGCUCCUCGUCGAAGGUCCGAUUUUGGCUCGCGGCUAUCUCGACGAUGAAGCCAAGACCAAGGCGGCGUUUGUCAAGCCAGCCUGGGCGGGCGGAUACCGUCGCAUGUAUCGCACCGGCGAUCUUGUCCGCUACCAGGAGGAUGGUACCAUGGAGUACCUCGGCCGUCGUGACAACCAGGUCAAGCUUCGUGGUCAGCGUCUCGAGUUGGGCGAGAUUGAGGAGCAUUUGAUCAAGCACCCCGAGGUUCAGCAGGGCUCAGUUCUCUUGAUCAAAGAGGGCGUGUGCGCAAACAAGCUUGUGGCUGUGAUGACGCUCAAGGCGUCGUCUGCCUUUAAGGUGGCCGGCCGGCUGUCGUUGGCGUCGGACCCUGUCGAUGGACUCGACGUCUUGGCUAGUGACUACGUCUCCUCCACCACCACCGCCGUUAGUCAGGAUAUUGCCAGUGUGCUGCCGUCCUUCAUGGUUCCUUCGUGCUGGAUCGUCGCUAGCCAACUGCCUCUGAUGGCUUCCGGCAAGACCGACCGCCGCUUCCUGACCAACUGCGUCAACAACAUGGGCCAGGAGGUGUACCAGCUUUGCACUGGCCUGGGCUUAGAGGCCUCUGCCGCCGACGAGGAGGACCUGACAGCCGUGGAGAAGACCCUGCGCCAGGUUUGGAGUGCGGUUCUCAAUGUCCCGGAGCAAUCCAUCAACCCCUCCGCCGGCUCGUUUGUCAAGAUGGGUGGUGACUCCAUCAGCGCCAUGGAAGUUGUUGCCCAGGCUCGUGGCAAGGGUAUCCCGCUUCUCAUCGAGCAGCUCCUCAAAGCCAAGUCCGUCAAGAAGCUAGCUGCCAAUUUCGACAACCUCGAUUUGGCCCCGGCACAACCUUCCACAACCGGGGAGACCUCCAUGGUGGCGACGACCAGCAGCGCCCAGGACGAAGAGGAAGCGGAAGACGACAACAUCACCAUGUUUGGCCUAUCCCCCAUCCAGCGCAUGUUCACCCGCCUCUCGCCUGGCGAGAACCACUUCAACCAGAGCUUCCUUCUCAAGGAUCAGGUUGGGCAAGCUCUGAAUGUCGUGGUUAAGCGCCACGCCAUGCUUAGGGCUCGCUUCCAGAAGCUGGGGCGCACCUUCAAGCAGUGGAUCGAGCCCGUGGUGGAGGACUCGUACAUCUUCCGCUCUUGGGACAUGCCGGCUUCCGUUGAGUUCUCGGCUGAGGCCGUCGAGCAGAUUCGCGAGACUCAGCAGUCGCUGGAUCUCGAGAACGGUCCGGUCUUUGCCGGCGACUUACUCAACAUUGGUGAUGAGCAGUACCUCUUCCUGACUGCCCACCAUCUCGUCAUCGACCUUGUCUCGUGGCGCGUCGUCAUCAAGGAUCUCGAGGAUUUCCUUGUCGGAGGGGCCAUCUCGGCUUAUCGCAGCUUGUCGUUCGAGAAGUGGUGCGGACUGCUCAACACCCACCGCAAGACCUUGACCGGAACCGCGACAGUCCCCUUCGAGGUCGCCAGCCCAGACUACAAGUACUGGGGCAUGGCUGGCAAGCCCAACUACGCCAAGGACUUUGAACACCACCAAUUUGUGCUCCCAAGGAACACUUCGGAGUUGCUUUUGGGACCUUGCAAUGACCCCCAUGGGACCGAGUCUCUUGACCUGUUCUUCGCCGCAGCCAUGCACUCUUUUGCCGCAACCUUCCAAGACCGAGACAUCCCGCCAAUUUACAACGAGGGCCACGGCCGUGAGCCCUGGGAUCCCUCUGUCGACCUCUCCCGCACUGUCGGUUGGUUCACCACCAUUGCUCCCGUCUGGGUCGACAGCCGCCGUUGCAACAAGGACAUUUCGGAAUAUGUCAAGCAAGUCAAGGAUGUGCGCCGCAACACGCCCCACAAGGGCUUCUCGUACUUCAGCUCGCUUGAUCUGGAACGCAAGCCAUUCAGCAUCGAGGUGUCUUUCAAUUACUUCGGGUCUUUCCAGCAACUCGAACGCAAGGAUGCUCUGCUCAAGCAAGUCCACUUCCGCAACCUCGAGAUCGACUCCUUCGAAGUCAGCGAGAAGCACAAGAAGUUCUCCCUCAUUGAUAUCAACGCCGAAUCGGAGAACAACCAACUGGUCUUCACCUUCAAUUUCAACAAGACCAUGAGUCGCCGUGAUGAUGUCGAGCGCUGGAUCGGCAACUAUCAGAAGAGCCUUGAGCACAUGGCUCGGGUUCUUGGGUCCCGUGACGCCGACUCCCUUAGUAUCGACGGGUUUGAGGUCUCAGAAGGCUUGGGCUUGCAGCUCCCGCAGGAUCCCAGCCUGAAGGCGCUCGGGAUCGUAGACAGCAACGUGGAGGACAUCUACCCCUGCACGCCCUCUCAGCAGGGCAUGCUGCUCAGCCAGAGCAAGGACGCCGAUAUGUACUGGUUCCGAUCCGUGUACGAGAUUGAGACCAACACCACCACCCCCAUCACCCUCAACAAGAUGCGGCAGGCCUGGAAGGCCGUCGUCCGUCGCCAUCCCGUCUUGCGAACCAUCUUUGUGGAACAGGACUCAACUGAUGGCCUUUACGACCAGCUCGUCCUCAGGGACUAUGAGCCGGAUGUCGUUGAGGAUGAAGUCGGCGCUUCCAUGAGCGAUGCUGACCUGGCCGAGGCCCUGAAGAUCCAGGUGAUCCCCGAGGACAUGCUCUGCCGCCGCGCACCCCAACACCAGCUCCGCCUUGUCCGCCAAGCUGGCACCGGCAGAGUCUUCUGCAGCUUCCUUCUCAGCCACGCAAUUGCCGACGGUGGCUCCAUGGCUAUCAUCCUCCGGGAUUUCAGCACCGCUUGCCAGGCCCUGCCCCUCGACGCCGCAAAGCCCCUGCUCAAGAACUACACCGACUACAUCCAGUCCCGGGACGCCGCCGCGGACAUCAACUUCUGGAAAACGUCGCUCGAGAGCGUCGAUCCCUGCUUCCUACCCACCGAGGAGCAGCCGUUCGCGGAGAAGGUGCUCCACAAGGCGGAGGUGCCCGUCGACAGGAUCAACUACGCCAAGAUGCAGAGCGCCGCCCGCGAGCUCGGUGUCUCCCUCUUCAGCUUGCUCCAGGUGACCUGGGCAUUGACCCUUCGCGAGUAUGUCAACUCCGACCGCGAUGAGGCCUGCUUCGGCAUUGUCACCUCGGGCCGCGACCUGCCGGUCAAGGAGAUUGGCGAUAUUGUUGGCCCGCUAGUCAACAUCCUAGUUUCGAGAAUCGCUCUGCCCCAGGAUCAGACUGUCGCGCAGAUUGCGGAGGCCGUUCACGACAACUUCAUCGACAGCCUGGCGCAUCAGACGUCAUCUCUUGCGGAGAUUACGCAUGAGCUGAGCUCGGGUACUCUCUUCAACACGGGCAUGACCCUGCAGAAGGCCAUGCCUGGUGGGGAGGAUGCCUCGGCCGUGUCAUUCCGGCCGAUGGGUGGCCAGGAUCCUACUGAGUUUGAUCUGGUUGUGCAGGCCCUUGAUAAUGGGCAAGCUUUGAGGCUGCACAUGAGCUACUGGUGCGACAAGAUCUCCGACAACCGCGCCAGCAGCAUGGCCACCACUUUCGCCUCCAUCCUGUCCCAGGUUGUUCAGAACCCAGACAUCCAGACUGUGGACCUCCACAUGACUUCCGACAAGGAUGUCCAACAACUGUGGAACUGGAACGCGUCGCUCCCGCCCGCCCUUGACCUGCGCAUUGAGGAUAUGAUUGCUCAGCGCACGGCCGAGAACCCAGACCAGGAAGCCCUUUGGUCUACCCAGGAUGUCCUGACCUACGGGCAGCUCGAUCUCCUGUCGAGCAGAAUUUCUCAGGGCUUCCUCGCGGACGUCGAGCGCGAAGAGGUUGUGCCGCUCUGCUUCGAGAAGUCCGUCUGGAUUGUCGUGGCCAUGCUUGCCGUUCUCAAGUCAGGGGCCACGGUUGUGCUUAUGGAUCCUUCUCAUCCGCUUGAGCGCCUCCGAUCCAUCACCAACACCGUGAAGGCUAAGCGGAUCCUGGCUUCUCCUUCUCAGGCUGACAUGUGCCUCAACCGUCUCGGCCUGCCUACCGUCGCCAUCUCCGGAGACAUGUUCAACCGCCGAUCUGGUGUCCCCGGCUCCGCACCGAGGUCCUUCAUGACAAAGCGGACCAUGAAGUCGAGCUCUGAUGCGGCUUAUGUCGUCUUCACCAGUGGUUCCACUGGCACUCCCAAGGGUUCUGUCACCGAGCACCGGUCUUUCUGCACUGCGACACAGGGUUAUCACCAGGCCAUCGGUCAACUGCCUGGCGAGAGGGUCCUGCAGUUCGCUUCCUACAGCUUCGACGCCAGCUUUCUGGAGAUUCUUGGUUCACUCAUGGUUGGUGCCACCGUCUGUGUCCCGACCGAGGACGAGAGGUCCGACCAGCUCGUCUCUUUCAUCAACCGGUCUGCGACCACUUUCGCGGUCAUCACGCCCACCGUCGCCUCUCUUCUGGAACCCAAAGCCGUUCCCACCCUUGCUUGCCUCGCGCUUUGCGGCGAGCCCAUGACCACCUCGCACAUUGCUACUUGGUCCAACAAGAUUCGUCUUGUCAACGCUUUCGGGCCAAGCGAGUGCUGUGUCGGCAGCGCCGCCAACUCUUUCGUUACGGAGCAGUCCAGCCCCAAGUGCAUCGGCAAGGCAGUUUCCUGCUGUUACUGGGUGGUUCACCCGCGGAACCACAACCGUCUGGCCCGCAUCGGUAGCGUUGGCGAGCUCCUCAUCGAGGGCCACAUUCUCGCCCGGCACUACCUCAAUGAGCCGGUCAAGACCAAGGACGCCUUCAUCACCAACCCCGAGUGGGCCACGCCGGGCCGCGCCACCAGACUUUACAAGACUGGCGACUUGGUCUACCAGAACCCCGACGGUACGUUCCAGUACGUCGGAAGGAAAGACACUCAGGCCAAGAUCCACGGCCAGAGGCUCGAGUUCGGCGAUAUCGAGCAGGCCUUUAGGGAAGUGGUUUCCGGCACGGAGAACGUCGUUGCCGAGAUUGCACAGGAAGGCCACCUCGUAGUCUUCUUUUCAGCCAAGAACACCAACCUCGACAAUUUCGACGUCUCCGCAACCAAAGCGAAGUUGGCCGAGAAGAUCCCCGCCUACAUGGUGCCGUCGGUCAUCAUGCCCCUGGAGCAGAUCCCGCUCAUGCCUUCCGGCAAGGUUGACCGCAAGAAACUGAAGACUCUCGGAGCCAACAUGCCCGUCCAGCAGGAGAACAGAGCUGGCCGCCUGCCCACGAGCGAGAUGGAAAUCGCCCUCGCAGCCCUCUGGAAGGACGUCAUGAAGUCAGCCCCCGCUCGCAUCAUGGCCGACGAUAGCUUCUUCCACGUCGGCGGAGAUUCUUACACAGCCAUGAAGCUAGUCACCGCAGCCCGUGCCAGUGGCAUUUCCCUGAACGUCGCCGCCAUCAUGAAGACACCCAAGCUCUCUGACAUGGCAAAGAAAGCGACGCACAUGGCCGCUGCCAACCUCACCCCCCUUGAGGAUGAGGUCACCCGGCAGUGUGACGUCUCGGCCGAAACCAUCGAGGAUGUUUACCCCUGCACACCUCUGCAAGAAGGCCUCUUUGUACUCUCGGUCAGGCAGGCUGGAGCAUAUGUUGCUCGCCACUGCUACCAGCUUCCGCGCAGCCUGGACCUCGCCCAGUACAAGAGCGCUUGGAACACCGUCUACGAGGCCAACGCCAUCCUCCGAACUCACAUCGUGCAACUCGAGAACGCCGGCGGCAACAGGAAGCGCGGGGGUCUCUACCAAGCCGUCAUCAACAAGCCCCUUGUCUGGCAACGCGCGAGCUCACUCGACGAGUUCGCAACAACCCGCCCCGUUUCCCUCGGCGGGCCCCUGGCCGAGUUCGCCAUCGUGGAGAACCCGUCGACCCGGUACCUCGUACUUACAAUGCACCAUGCGGCCUACGACGCCGCCUCCUUGGGCAUGCUCCUCGCGGACGUCGAGAGCGUCUACACGGGCAACUCCCUCCCCACCAAACCGCCCUUCCGCGAGUUCAUCCACCAACUCCAAACCACCCCCGCCGAACAAACCCGCACCUUCUGGUCGCACUACCUCGACGGCGCCCAACCGCCCACCUUCCCCGCCAUCCCAAGCGGCUACGUGCCUUCGGCCGACAGCACCUUCGAAUCCGACCUCACCCUCCCCAGCACCCCCUCCAAAACCUUCACCACCGCCACCCUGAUCCGCGUCGCCUGGGCCAUGGUUCUCGCCCAGCACGCCUCGCAAACCGACAUCGUUUUCGGCGAGACCCUGUCCGGGCGCAACGGCACCGACGACGCCAACACCAACCACUUGAGCGCGGCGGAGAUGCAGGGCCCCAUGAUCACGACCCUUCCCGUGCGCUGCACGCUCGAGGCGGGGAACGACGUGGAGAACGUGCUGGCGCGCAUGCAGGCGGCGCUGGUGGACAUGAUCCCGCACCAGCACGCGGGGAUCCAGACGAUCCGGCUGGCGAGCAAGAGCGCGGCGGCCGCGUGUAACUUUGCGUGCUCGGUGACGAUUGCGCCGGAGUCGUCCGCGCCGCUGAGCUUGGGGUUGGGGAUCGUGCCCGUGGAGGUGGGCCCGCCGCCUGCGAUGAGCUAUCCGCUGGCGGUGCAGUUUAUUCUGGCCGAUGGGGGACGGUUGAAGGUGUCGGUUUAUCACGACAGGAGGUUGGUGGAUAGGGGGCAGGUGCAGAAGAUGGUGGGGAAGUUUGAGAAUGUGCUGGAACAGUUGUGUUCUGGGGAAAAGACGACGGUGGGGGAGAUUGAGGUGGAUGUGGUGGUGUCUGGUGGCUUCACGCCCGCUGGUGUCGAUGGCGGGUUGAGGCAUGAUGUGUUGGGGGUGUUGAAUGAGGAGAUUGAGGAUCUGUUGGACGAGAUCUCGUCGCAGGAGUUGAGCAAGCCGAGCACGGCGACGUCGUGCUCGGAGGUGAUGGUGGCGGCGGGAGACUUGGAGCAGAGUAUGAAGGAGUUGUGGGCGGAUAUCCUGGGGAUGCAGGUGGAUGAGAUUUCGGCUACCGACAAUUUCUUCCAUCUCGGCGGCGACUCGAUUGCCUCGAUGCGGCUUGCUACAGCUGCCGAGCGGAAACAGAUCAAGGUCAAUGUCUCCGACAUCUUCCAGCAUCCCACUCUGGAGGAGCUGUGCGAGUUCGCGCAGGCUCAGGCGAACGUUGCCACUCAGGAGGACGACACUAUCGUACAGCCCGUGUUCCAGGACGAGUAUCAAGCGUUCGGGGUGAUCGAUCACCUCGGGCUGGAGCAAGAGGAGGUGGUGGAGACUGUGUGCAGGCAACUCUCGGUCUUCCCUGGCGAUGUCGAGGAUGUCUACCCAGCAACUGACUACCAGGCUUGGGCCAUUAGCCACGGUCUGAUGAGGAGCAGAGGCAACACCAACUACUUCAUCUUCCGACUCCACGGCCACCUCGACACAUUCCGCCUGGAGCAGGCUUGCAGGAAGAUGGUUGCCUCCAACCCCAUCCUGCGCACUCUCUUCACGACAAUGCGCGGUCAGGUCAUGCAGGUUGUCCUGCGCUCGUACCAGAUUGAGUUCCUGCGCUAUGGCAGUGAGCAUUCGGCGGACGACAACUUCAUCAACUGGCUUGUUGAGCAGGACACUCAGCGAUCGGCUUACCUCUCACAGUCAAUCGUCCGCUUCAAGCUGGUGCUGCACGCCGAUGGGCACUACUACGAUGGCAUGUGCAUGCCGCUGCUCAUCCAGGAUCUCGAGAAGUGCUACAACGGGCAGGAACCCAUGGAACGCCCUUCAUUUGGCAAGUUUAUCCAGGGCGCUGCCGUUCGGGAAGAGCAGGCUGUUGACUUCUGGGGUAACCUGCUCGAGGGGUCGUCCAUGACCGAGAUUGUCGAGCACUCGGGCCCAUCUCACAAGCACAACGUUGACACGAUCCGGACUCGGAACAUCGCUCCGAUCCCCGUCAACGUGGCGGGCAUGUCCCAGGCCACCCUCGUCAAGGCCGCCUGGGCGCUCGUGCUCGCCAAGAUGUCCGGCCAGCGAGACAUUGUGUUCGGCAACCUCAUCUUUGGCCGCAACAUGCCCGUUGCUGGCAUCGAAGACAUUGCCGGCCCUUGCAUCAACAUCAUCCCCGUGCGGGUCGGCGUCAACGCCAUGGACAGCAUUCACGACCUCCUCGCGCUGGUCCAGGAGCAGCAGAUGGCUGCGAUGCCACACGAAGGACUCGGUUUCCGUCGCCUGGUCAAGAACUGCACUGACUGGCCGGACUGGACCCGCUUCAGCUCCGUUGUCCAACACCAGCAGCUCGGCCGCGAUGGUACGGAGGGCCAGGAGUUCAAGCUGGCGGAUAAUCUCAAGUGCGAGAUGGGUGUUCUCGGCCCUGCCUACGAUUCUUCGGAUUUGUGGGUUCAGACGACGCCGCACAAGGACUCCUUCAAGGUCGAGAUUGGCUCUUGCAGCUCGGUGGUGCAACCCGCCGUCGCCGAGAUGCUGCUUGACAAGCUCUGUGCCACUCUCAGCAUCUUCGCCUCAAUCUCCGCGGGAAGCAGCCCGCACCUGUGGGAGUUGCUGGCUCGGGAUGGUGCCCCCCUGAUUCCGAUCAAGUCAUCGAUCGUCGAGCAGGUAUGGGGCAAGGUCCUUCCCGACGCCGACGCCAUCUCCUGGGAUACACCGUACUUCGACAUCUGGGGUGACGAGAUCGCCCCGGCGCGCUUCCUCGAGGAGUACGCCGAGCACGGCCUGCACUUCGACAUGGAGGACAUCCUGGAGAACCCAACCAAGCAAGCACAAAUGAUGCUCACCUCGCGCCACCAAUCCGACAAGAACCGCGGCCGCAGCCCACGCCCGGCACCGGCGCCAAUCCCCACCCGGCCGCGUGCCAUCACCCACGACACACUCCAGAGCGCCACCGCCACCACCAACGCGCGCGGCUUCUGGAUCCUGGACAACAGCUCCAAAAAGACCAGCCGCGCCAGCAGCAGCCGAGGCAGCCCGAUCCCCGGCUCGCCCAUGAUCUCCUCCCCGCUGGUCGCCUCGCCGCGCAUGAUGGGCACCGUCCCACCGCGGCGCAAAAACACCAUGGGCUUCGCGCCGCCCCUGAGCCGGCGCACCACCGGCCCCUACCCCUCGGCCUACACGCCCACGAGCGCCAACUCCAACUACAGUCUGAGCAGCUCAACCGCGUCAUCGACGGCGGGCGGGCCCGUGUCGGGAAGGGGCGCGGUACAAGCCUAUGGACGUGAUCAAGGGGUGGUGGGAUCGACGUGGGCGGAGCGCAACAAGUCGUUCGCGAGCAUCAGCCCGCCGCCCACGCCGGGUUCGAGCAACGGGUCGACGGCGUCGACGAGCCCGCGCAGUGCGCUGCGGCCGUUUAAGUUGCCCGAGUAUGCGCAGGCUGCUGCGGCGGCGGGGGGUGCCGAGGCGGAGAGGCCGAAAUUGAGGAGGAAAAAGGUGAACUCGUUUCCGGUCGGGUUUGGGCAGGGGAGGUGGUGAGUGAGAU